GCAAUAGUCUGCGUCGGCUCCUGAAGGGGGGGGCGGAGCGGGUGAGAGGCGGCGAGGCAGAGAUGCCUGCGAGCCCGAGGCUGCUCGGUUAGCGUGGACGUCCUGCGGGGAGGGGCAUCAUCAGCCUCUGGGAGAGAAGAAGCGGAGCACGCCGGUACUGGCCGAGGAGGGGCACAAAGCCGCUGAGGGACGCCUUUUUCUGCAGGGGUGCCUGCGAAGCAGAGAUGCUCUUCUGGGGGUAGAACCGGCCGGAGGAGAGAGGUUCUCAUAAUCUCUUUUUGCGCAGCUGCACCCCCUUCAGAUCAGCUUCCCUGUAUCUUCUUUUAAAGGCUGCUUCCUAACCAGCCAGGGAGAUUGUGCUUCUAAGGUUGAGUUUUAUACUAUGGGAUGGGUGAAGAAGAAAGCAGAUACGUUUCCCAGCUCAAGGAUGUGUACGACAGCUGCGAUACCACAGGCACCGGAUACUUGGACAAGGAUGAGCUGACAGAGCUAUGCCGAAAGUUACACCUAGAAAGACAGCUCCCCCUACUCCUGGAGACGCUCUUGGGAAACAAUCUCUUUGCUAGGGUUAACUUUGAAGAGUUUAAGGAAGGCUUUGUGACCGUAUUGUCCUCAAGCAUCAAUCUUGGGCUUUCUGAUGAUGAGAGCAGUUACUUGGAGCCAGCUGUUCCAGAGGGAGUGGAGCCCAAAUACAUCAAUGGGGCCAAGUGGUACGGCCGCCGGACAAGGCCAGAACUCCAGGGCACAAAGCUGGAAACCCCCAAGUAUUUGCAAGAGCAGCAAGCAAAGGCAAACGUGAAAAGUCAGUUGAGACACUCGGCAUCUUUGGAGAGUGUGGAGAGCCUUAAAUCAGAUGAAGAGGCUGAAAGCACGAAAGAACAACAGCACGAGAAGUUUGAGGGUCAAGGCCGAAUUUGCACCUGGGAUGAUGGCCUCUGUGAUGGCCCCAGAAAAGUCUCCACAUCAUAUUUUGACAUGACUGAGAAUCAGGUCCGGGACAUUUGGGAAGACCUUGGCAUUGGAAAGAAUGGGUACCUUAACAAACAAGAGCUGGCUGCCGUUUGUAAGAACGUUGGACUCAAAGAACUGGAAAAAGAGGAUCUUGAAGAAUUGUUUAAUCAGUUGGAUAGUGAUGGAGAUGGCAGAAUAAGUUUAAAGGAAUUCCAGCUUGGCUUGUUCAACCACAGCCUUGUUCUUUGUCCAGUUUCUUCUACACCUCUCAAACCAAGAUGUCAAAGAUCACCAUCCCAUCAGAUUAGCAAAGACAGGGGGCGUCGAAGUUCAACUCCGUCUUUCUUAUCUGCCUCUGUGGCUUUGAAUCUUUUCGCCAGCAUUGAUGACGGCACUGGAUUUGCAAGUCCUGAGCAAGUUGUCUCCAUCUGGGCCCAGGAAGGGGUUGAAAACUGCAAGGAGAUUCUUAAGAGUCUGGAUUUCAACAUGGAGGAGAGAGUUAACCUCUUGGAGCUGUCUAUGGCCCUUGAUGAGGAGCUAAUGUCUUCCAAGAGUGGACUUCAGCAGGCAGCUUUUGCUUCCUACAGACACGAACUUCACCGUUUAGAGGCUCAGGUGGAGCAAAUCUCCAUUGAGAGAGACAAAGCCAGAGCUGAACUGGAGAAGGUGGAAAAGCGGAACUUGCAGCUUUUUGAGGAGGUGGAUGAUCACAACAGUGCUUUGGAGCACCACAAUGAGAGUAAACUCAAAGACCUUGAGCAAGAUUACAGAGGAAAGCUGACUGUUAUGAAGUCUGAAGUAGAGAUGGAAAGGGAGUUACUCUGGCAACAAUUGAACCAUCAGAGAACCAAGUUAGAAGCAGACAUAAAAUCUCUCCAAGAGGAAGAGUCUAGCCUGAAGGAGAAGCUGACCUUAGUGAUCAAGGAGAAUAGUCGCUUACAAAGUGAAGUUGUUGAAGUGGUUCAAAAGCUGUCUGAGUCUGAAAAACAAGUUCUAAACCUUCAGAAGGAUCUUGAUUUCAUGUUGAAAGAAAAGCUGGGACUACUGAAUCCACACAGCACAGAGCUCUUUGAUCAAGAAGAACACUUUGCCAAAAUCAUUAAAGAAUAUGAGCAGCAGUGUCGGGAUCUACGUGACAAAAAUGACGAGCUGCAAAUGGAGGUUGAAAAACUGCGUCGUUUCCAUUUGCAUGAAAACAAGCAGAACUUAACCUGGCAUAGAAUGAAGGCCAACGAACUUGGGGGAAGGCUGCUGUGUGAAAACGUAAAAGCCAGAAUUCCAGGCAACAUACCAAAAGAUGAUGAGCUCCUUCUUGGAAGCCAGCGCUUACCAGUGGCAGGCCAAAAUGGAGUACUUCUCAUGAAAUCCGAUCCCUAUUCAGUAAGUAUAGAAAUGGAGCUCCUGGUAGAAGAACUGAAAGAACAGCAUCAAGAUCUGAAAAUACAGCUGGAAACCAAGGUAAACUACUAUGAAAGAGAAAGAGAACUAAUGAAAAGGAUCUUUGAGAAGGAAAGGAAGGAAAUUGAACAAGGUUUUAAGAUUGAGAUAAGUGAAUUGGAGGAACAGAAGAGUGAUUUGGAAAAACUGAAUCUGAAAUGCCAGGAGGUGAUAGAUGGCUUGAAAGACCAGAUUCAGAAACUAGUUCCUGCCCAAGAACUCAAGAAGAGAUUUGAGAAAGAGACGUCAGACAUGGAGCAGUACUAUACCAAAGAGAUUUCCAAUUUGGGACAGAGAUUGGCCCAGGAAAGGGACAGAUUGGAAGAAGACAUGAAGAUGAAACAUGAAACUGAGAUGCAUCUCAUGAGAAUUGAACUCCACAGAAUUUCAGAAGACAACGUUCUCCUAAAAAAUAAACUUGGAAGAUUUCAGCAAGAAUUGGAAGACGUUGGUGAAGCAAACAGAAAGCACAGGCACUUACCAAGGCAUAAUUACAUUCAUCGGGAGUCCGCCUCCAUCUGCACUCAAGCCUUCUCCGCUCUUGCUUCAUCGCUCUCAGCUCCAAGAAAACACAUUGACGAAUUGAUGGUGGAAAAAGAGAAGGCCAUGUAUGGAAUAGAAGAAUUAAAUCAACUGAAUAAGCACUACAAGGAGGAAAUCUUUCAGUUAAAUGCCAGGACAGAUCAGCUGAGCCGUGAACUCUCUGAGCUAAGCAGCAAUAAUAAGGCCAAUCAGAAUACAAUCGGUUUACUGAAUCAGAGGUUUGUUGAGCUGGAGAAUCAAAAAGAGCACGAAGCUGUGGUUGCCACGCAAUUUCAGGAGGCCUCUGCUGAAUUGACAAAGGAGCAUCUUCAGCGGCAGUUGGCAUGGCUGGAAGAGAAGGCCCUGCUAGAGGAACAGCUGAAGAUCUCCAGGGAAAAGAACAACCAGUCUCAGGAGUUGGAGGUUGAACUGGAACAUUUGACCCAGGAGUGUCAGAUGCUAUGGCUAACGAAAGCACAACUGAGAGAAGAGGUGGAGGAAGGCCAGGUUUGGUUACUGGAAGCCAACACAAGCUUGAGCAUGGCAGAGUCUCGACAUUCACAGGAGCUGCAACAGUUAAGGGGCCAGGCAGACCAUUCCGUACCUAAGGACUGCCUGGCUGAGCUAGAAAAGAGAUUGGCAGAAGAACAGAAAAUGGUUAGGCAGUUACAAGGAGACCUCAGCUUCCAGGCCGAGCAGAUGAGAUGGCAGCUGGCCAUAUAUCAGGAAGAGCAUGAGAAUUCACAAAGACUAAUGGAGGAAAAAGUGGGAGAACUGGAGAUGAAUUUGAAGAAUGUACAAAUAAUGCUUCAGGAAAAGGUGGCUCAACUCAAGGAGCAGUUAGAAAAAAAUACCAAGGCUAAUCUACUGCUGAAAGACCUGUAUGUGGAAAAUGCACAGCUGAUGAAAACUCUGCAGGUUACAGAAGAGAGGCAGAAGACCACAGCCAACAGGAACUUAAUCUUGGAAGAGAAAAUAUCAUCUUUGAACAAAUUAGUUAGAGAAAUCACUUUGGCAUCUCAGUGAAAUCUGCUUCUCAGUUAUGUUGGCUUCAAACUGGAAAUGGUAAUCUGAGGUAGAAACAAUACUCCAUGCAGUGGCCAACUUUGCUUGUACAUUUCAGAUUUUGACCAAAUAAAUUAGAUGCACUUCAAUGACAGGACUCAAAGUACAUGAUAUCCAAGGGAUCCUCCAUCUAUUUCAUGUAGGGAAAACAUUAGUGCUACUUGGGUAGUGCCCCUGAACCAGAAGACAGCAUAACCAGCAGGGGAAAAGUACUCUCAGGGAGAAGUUUGAAGAUGGAUAUGCAACCUACUAAAAAAUAAAAUACCCUCUCCCUAUUUUUCCAAUGGAAAAGCUAAAGCUUUUAGUGCCUUGUGAUCAUUUUUACAGAUGCAGACUCUUCUGCUCUUGUUCUGCCUUAGGAGUGGAUAUUGUGAUUACAAUAUUCUUACAUUCCCAUCCAUUUGUCUGCACACUGGCUUGUAUUGUGUAUAUAUGUACAGUUUUAUUUUAUACAAGAAUAUUUACUCCUUCAGUCAUGUUGUAUAUCAUUUGGAUAGAUCUGUAAAUGAAAAAACCAACCCUGCUGUAUUUUGUUUUGCUCUGGGUAAACAACCUUUUUAAAUUAAAUAA